AAUAUUUCCCCUCUGGAUCAGUAAGGCGGGGAAUAGGUGUGUUUGGAGAGGAGACAGAGGGGUGCUUUGUCCCCUUCUCUGACAGGUCAGCGCUCUCAAUCUCUUCCCCCCCAUUUCCCUCUCUCUCUGCCAGUCUUCCUCACUAAAUCCCACCUUCCAGCUCCCUCGUCCCCCUGCGCCCUCCUGGAGCUCACACAAACCAUCUCACUUAAGAGAUGCUAUCGCUUCUCUGCCGUUCCCUCCUGCUCAUCCUUGCUCAACAGUGCUUCAGCAGGGUUCAGAACAAUGGACAGCUGGCUCCUCGAGAUGGGCGGGCUGCGGCUGAGAGGCGGCAGUUUUGCCAGUGGCCCUGCAAGUGUCGGGAAAGACCCUAUUGUUCCCCGGGAGUGAGCUCUGUCCUGGAUGGGUGUGGCUGCUGCAAGAGCUGUGCCAGGCAGAUCGGAGAGCCGUGCAACGAGAGGGACGUGUGUGACCCGCACAAGAGCAUGUACUGUGACUUUUCAGCUGACAAGCCAAGAUUUGAGGUCGGAGUGUGUGCAUACUUGAUGGCAGUAGGCUGUGACCUGAAUGGGGCCCACUAUGAGAACGGUGAAGGUUUCGAGCCCAGCCCCCUCUAUAAGUGCACAUGUAUUGCUGGAGCCAUCGGCUGUACCCCUGCAUUCAUCCAGAAGCCCGCUGGUCUCUUAGGCCCUACACCGCUGAUGGGCAACAUGCCAGCCGGCAUUCGCAGUGGCCAGAACCCAAAGAAGCACCAACAGGAUACUACCUACAUGUCAGCUUACAGGGAUCCUCCUUUAGCCUGGAAGAAGAACUGUCUGAUCCAGACCACGCCCUGGAGCCCCUGCUCCAAAACAUGCGGCCUGGGCAUCUCUGUGCGCGUCACCAACGACAACAGCAAAUGUGAGAUGAGGAAGUCCCGACGCCUGUGUCUGCUGCGACCGUGUGGGAAGAGUGUGAUGAAGAGUAUUAAGGUGCCAAAGGGAAAGACAUGCCGGCCUAAAUUCCAAGCAAAGAAAGCAGAAAAGCUGACACUCUCAGGCUGUACCAGUACCAAGAAGUUUAAGCCCACGUACUGCGGUGUCUGUACAGACCAGCGCUGCUGUGUCCCAAACCAAUCACGUAUGAUCAAGGUCGACUUCACGUGCAAGGGGGGCUCCAACACACAGUGGAAGAUGCAGUGGAUAACAUCCUGCGUGUGCCAGAGGAAGUGCAACGACCCAGGUGACAUGUUUUCAGACCUGCGGCUACUCUAACGGAGAAGUCCAAGAAGUCCAGAGACACAGACGCAGGACAUGAGCCCUGCUGGGGCGGACUAAGGACUGAAACGUAUGCAUACUUUGGUCAUUAAGUUCUCCUCAGCAGUGGCGAUGGGACUUGAGAAAUCAAAAAAAGAAGACGACAAAAACUCAAACUACAAAACCUCAUUUCAUAGGGAAGAAUGGCUGGGAUCAUUAAAUGAAUUAGGAAAUGUGUUUUAGUUAUGGUAGAAUAUUUUAUAAACCCUGUCUUCAGGACAUGUAUGUGCAAUAACAACAAGGAACAUGGCCAGUGCAUUAGCUGUAACAGCACACAUUAACAGUACCUCAUAAUACUAUGGUCAGGGAGCCCACACAUGGCAAAUCAGGUCACACUACAGAUUCUUUUUACAUGUUGUCCCUGCUUAUUUUUAAUCUGUUCACAAAUUAGACAAUAUUGACAUAUAACUUAUAAAGGUAUAUACAAAAGA